ACGUACGUCCAAUUAGAAUUUGAUUUCUUUGUCCCCGAAUUUGACGUUGUUUGAUUUUAAUCUGAAUUUAUUUGCAACCCAAAAUCGGCGCAAGGGGUUUUUCCCGGGAAUCUUCUCUCCUCUGUCUCCAUCUGAAUUCUUGUUGACUGACGUUGAGGCAAGCCCCGCCCCGCGCUCGUUUCCUUUUUGGGGCUCUUUUGUUCUAUCGGUUGACCACACGGCUCACAUCAUACAAGGAGUGGUGGCUUUUUGUGAAGAAGUGGUAUCUGAUGGUUCAAUAGAGCCCAGUGCAUCCAAGAGAAGAAUAUAGUGGGCGUCUAUCAAGAUCCCGAAAUUGAUGUUAUGAUCCUUUUGUGAAAUCUGUGUCAGUGUGAAAAUGCAGUUCACAUUUGGGAAGGUUCUAUUAUUUUCACUCUUCUCCAUAGUUCUCUUUGGGUAUGCUACAGCUGAGUUUGAGAAUGAAGUUUCGCGAAAGCUGAUAUCUGCUCCACACAAAAAUGUGAGAAGCAAUGUUAUUGAUGGCACUGGUAUAGAGAAUUCCUUAAGUUUUGAGGAUUCAAAUAAUGGACUGGGUGAGUUGAAAAGCGCGAACAGCAAGGUCUCAGUGUCCACUGUUGCAUUAUUCACGUUGGCAAUGGCUGCUGCCACUGGUUUAGGUGCAGUUCCAUUCUUCUUUGUGGAGCUUGAUCCACAAUGGGCAGGGUUAUGCAAUGGAAUGGCUGCUGGUGUAAUGUUGGCUGCAAGCUUUGAUCUUGUACAGGAAGGGCAAGGUCAUGGUGCUGGGAAUUGGGUUGUCAUUGGGCUUUUAGCUGGUGGCCUUUUUAUUUUACUGUGCAAGAAGUUUCUUGAACAAUAUGGAGAAGUUAGCAUGUUAGACAUUAAAGGUGCUGAUGCAACUAAAGUCGUUCUUGUGAUUGGGAUAAUGACUCUUCAUUCAUUUGGGGAGGGCUCUGGUGUUGGGGUUUCAUUUGCUGGCUCAAAGGGUUUCUCUCAGGGCCUUUUGGUAACUUUGGCUAUUGCUGUGCACAACAUACCAGAAGGAUUAGCUGUGAGUAUGGUGCUUGCAUCCAGGGGUGUUUCUCCACAGAAUGCCAUGUUAUGGAGCGUGAUUACCUCAUUACCACAGCCCAUUGUAGCUGUUCCUUCAUUCAUAUGCGCUGAUGCGUUUAGCAAGUUUCUUCCUUUCUGUACGGGCUUUGCUGCUGGAUGCAUGAUCUGGAUGGUUGUUGCAGAGGUGCUUCCUGAUGCAUUCAAGGAAGCCUCUCCAUCGCAGGUUGCAUCAGCAGCUACUCUCUCUGUAGCAUUUAUGGAAGCUCUUAGCACCCUUUUCCAGAAUUUCACCCAUGAUUACAACUCAGAGGAUGCUUCUGGCUUCUUUGUUUCAUUACUAUUUGGUCUUGGACCGUUGCUCGGUGGCAGUGUUCUUGUUGCAUUUGCAUUGGCUUUCCAUCUCCAGCAUGCUCUACUCAUGGGUGCAGCAUCUGGCAUUGCCUUUGUCCUUGGUGCCUGGAGACCAUUGCAGCUACUUUUGUCGUUAAAGAUGGGUUUUUUAUCUAUCAUGUUUCUGCUUGCAAUGGGAGCUGCGUCUGUCCAUAUUUUGAGCACCAGUAUUUUGAAGAUUGCAGGUCGCAAAAGAACUUCAGUGCAUAACUUACCCGCAGUAAAUGGUUUUCCAGUGAGCGUUCACACCCUCCAAUCAUUCUUGGCAUGUGGAGCAGUUGCCCUUCAUGCUUUGGCUGAAGGGCUUGCACUAGGUGUUGCUGCACCAAAAGCUUAUGGACUUGGUCGACACAUGGUCCUUCCUGUCUCUCUACAUGGACUCCCUCGGGGUGCAGCUGUGGCUAGCUGCAUCUUUGGGGCUACAGACAACUGGCACGCAGCCCUUGCGGCGGCUGCUUUAAUUGGAUUCAUGGGUCCAAUAUCUGCAAUCGGAGCAAUACUCGCAGGUAUUGACUAUAGCGGUUUAGACCAUGUGAUGGUUUUUGCAUGUGGGGGGCUACUCCCAAGUUUUGGAAAUGUAGUAAAGAGAGCAGUUAGGUUGGAUAUGCGUAAAAGUAGUUGCGGGAUUUUGAUGGGUGUGGGGUUUGCAACUCUGUGUUUGACUUGCACUAAGUUGGUCUGCUUGCACACACCUUAUUGCAAUUCUGCUCCAGAGGCUGUCAGAUGAGAUAUGGUACUCCUGCAGCUCAUGCAAUGUAAUAGCUUAGGUGCUGAGCAUGCAUAGUGGUGAAAAAUUAAGCACAUUCAUGCUCUGGCAUAUAAGUUUGGCACCUCUGCUUGGGAAAGGAAGGAAACCCUUGAGGAAUUGUAGAGGAGAUGCUGCAAGGACUGAGGAGUGGGUGACAUUACAGGAAGCUGCUUUCAGUCCAGAGGAGGAUGCAUCAACCUUUGCGUGGAUGGCAGAACUUGUCUCUUGUACAGACGUUAGAAAAUUAUGUUAUGCUCAUUUCUGCUUACAGAGAAGGAAUGAGGAAUUGGGUUUGUCCCUUUGACACUAAAAUUUUAUCUUUUAGCAGUUUUGAUUCAGACAGAUUUUACAUUGAAGCAGUAGAAUUCUGAUGCAUUGUUUCAUUUGGCAGUGAACUUUAAUACCAGUCUUGAUUCAGACA